AUGUCCGCAUCACUUCCGGUUCACAUAGUAGAAGGAAUGAUCCAGUUUAACCCUCAUUCUGAGGGUCACGGGAGCAGCGUCAGUGGACAGAUGCUAACUACUGGGGCUCAGAGUGUCGAAGCCUUUGCCAAAGCAAUACAUUUCGAAGAGGGGAGAAGAGGAUUCACGCAAGACCGGAAAGGUUCUCUUGGAGUGAUCGUCCUGCUGGAGAUGAGCUGGCUGGCCAACUCGAAGUCUCUAAUGGACUCAUGGACCUUUCUGGGGCGUUCAAUAGGGUUGUUCUUGAAGGUGCUCUUCUAG